GAACCCCCUACACUCGCGGCACAAGCUGAGAGUAUUGUCGGGGGCUAUUCUCUCUCCCAGGAACAUGGCGGCGAGUCAGGGAGGUGGUGGUAACAGUGGGGGCGGCGGUUGUGGUGGAGGUGGAAGUGGCGGUGGCGGUGGCGCAGCCGGAGGGGGAGGUGGCGGAGCCGGAGGGGGAGGCGGCGGCGGUGGCGGGACGCUGGUGGUGCCCAUCCCGGUGCCGACUCUUUUCGGUCAGCCGUUCCCCAACGGGCCGCAGUGGAACCCGGGGAGCCUGCAGCCUCAACACACGGUCAGGAGCCUGGACCGGGCCCUGGAGGAGGCGGGCAACUCCGGCAUCCUCAGCCUCAGUGGUCGGAAACUCCGAGACUUCCCGGGCAGCGGCUACGACCUGACGGACACCACCCAAGCAGAUCUUUCAAGAAAUCGUUUUACAGAAAUUCCUUCUGAUGUCUGGUUAUUUGCACCUCUUGAAACAUUAAAUUUGUAUCAUAAUUGCAUCAAAACCAUUCCCGAAGCCAUUAAAAACCUACAGAUGUUAACGUACCUUAACAUUAGUCGAAAUCUUUUAUCGACAUUGCCAAAAUACCUAUUUGAUCUUCCCCUUAAAGUUUUGGUCGUCAGUAAUAAUAAACUGGUAUCCGUUCCAGAAGAAAUUGGAAAGUUAAAAGAUUUAAUGGAAUUGGAUAUUAGCUGCAAUGAAAUUCAGGUCCUUCCCCAACAAAUGGGAAAAUUACAUUCACUUAGAGAGCUAAAUAUAAGAAGAAAUAAUCUUCAUGUGUUGCCAGAUGAAUUAGGAGAUCUUCCCUUAGUCAAGCUGGAUUUCUCUUGUAAUAAAGUGACCGAAAUUCCAGUUUGCUACAGGAAGCUGCAUCAUUUACAAGUAAUAAUUUUGGAUAACAAUCCCUUGCAAGUACCACCAGCACAGAUAUGUUUAAAGGGUAAAGUACACAUAUUUAAAUACUUAAAUAUCCAAGCAUGUUGCAGAAUGGAUAAGAAGCCAGAUUCUCUGGAUCUUCCAUCGUUGAGUAAACGAAUGCCCUCCCAGCCUCUCACAGACAGUAUGGAAGAUUUUUAUCCAAAUAAAAAUCAUGGCCCUGACUCUGGAAUUGGAAGUGAUAAUGGCGAGAAACGAUUAUCUACAACAGAACCAUCAGAUGAUGACACUAUCAGCCUUCACUCUCAAGUCUCAGAAUCAAAUAGAGAGCAGGCAUCAAGAAAUGACAGUCACUCAAUAGGAAGUAAACCUGAUUCUCAGAAAGACCAGGAAGUGUAUGAUUUUAUUGACCCCCACACAGAAGAUGUAGCGGUCCAUGAACAAGGAGAUGCACAUAUUGGAUCAUUUGUCUCUUUCCUUAAGGGAAAAGAAAAAGGUCCUGAAAAAUCUCAGAAAAAUGAAGAAUUAGGAGAUGAAAAAAGACUUGGGAAAGAACAGUUACUUGCAGAGGAAGAGGAUGGUGAUUUGAAGGAAGUAACUGAUUUGAGGAAAAUAGCCGCUCAGUUAUUGCAGCAAGAACAAAAGAACAGAUGGAGGCCUUUAUGUUAUAGAGCAUCAUUCAGUGAAAAACUCUUCCAGAGGACCAGAGCAGCAGGACGUGCAUCAAGGAUUCUUAAUCAUUCAACUUCUGUCACAAGAAACAAGCCAAAACAAACUGUGGCAUGCGAAAAGAGUGUCUCAGCAGAUGAAGUUAAUUCACCGUUGUCACCCCUCACAUGGCAGCCCUUGGAAAAUCAGAAGGAUCAAAUAGAUGAACAACAGUGGCCAGAAUCUCAACCUAUAAUCUGGCAGAGUGAAGAAAGGAGACGGAGCAAACAGAUUAGAAAAGACUAUUUCAAGUAUAAAUCAUCAAGGAAGAGUUCAAGUGGCAAUGAAAACGAUGAGCAAGACAGUGAUAAUGCUAAUAUGUCACCACAAUCUCCAGUAUCAUCUGAGGAAUAUGAUAGAACUGAUGGUUUUUCACAUGGUCCCUUUGGCUUGAAACCUAGAUCAGCUUUUAGUCGCUCAUCUCGGCAGGAAUAUGGGGCGGCAGAUCCAGGAUUUACAAUGAGAAGAAAGAUGGAACAUCUACGGGAAGAACGAGAGCAAAUACGACAACUUCGCAACAAUCUUGAAUCCAGGUUAAAAGUAAUUUUGCCUGAUGACAUUGGAGCUGCACUGAUGGAUGGAGUUGUUCUUUGCCAUUUAGCCAAUCACAUAAGGCCACGCUCUGUAGCUAGUAUUCACGUGCCAUCACCAGCAGUGCCUAAACUGAGCAUGGCAAAAUGUCGAAGAAAUGUGGAAAAUUUUCUUGAUGCCUGUAAAAAGUUGGGUGUCUCACAGGAAAGACUCUGUUUGCCUCAUCAUAUUUUGGAAGAAAGAGGUCUUGUGAAAGUUGGUGUCACAGUUCAGGCUCUUCUUGAAUUACCUACAACCAAGGCAUCUCAGCUUUCUACAGCUUGAUAUAACAUUUAAAAAUCAUAAGUGUAUAGUUUCAUUUAUUCGAAGUGAUUUCCAAUAUCUCAAAAUGAAUAAGAAUGUCUAAUGAAAAAUAAUUUUAUUAGAUCAAGCCUUAGGUUUUAAAAAAAUUAUGUUAAAACAUCAAAAUUAAAUUUUGAAUUGCCCAGAGUUUUUGGGGGGAAAAACUGGAUUAACUUAAUCAGAGUUUUUGGUAAAUUCAAAUUCUCUUUUUACUAAGUCAGUUGAUAACCUUGAUUAUUUUUCAAAAAUCAGGUUGAUACUAAAUUUAAAAUGUGGUUUCAAUUUAAUAAUCACAUUAGGUUUAAUUUUUUAUAUCAUAGCAUACUAGAACAUCUGAAUAAGGUAAUCAUUUUUUUACCGAUUUAAAAUGAUUCUAUAUUUGAGUUAUUUAAUACACUUCUAAUUCUAGUUUAUACACAAUUUCUUCAAUCUUUGGUCUUAGUUUUCUAGAAAAAAAUGAGUAGAAGACACAGAAUUCUGGCUUUAUAUUAAAUUCUUUUAGUAUCAUAGGUUGGUGCCAAAAUAUUUUCAGUUGUACUGUAGAUUGUUUACAUGUGAAGUGCCUGUGUAAUUGAUGACUCAUAUGGUCUUAAGCAUUUUUGCAGUUUCUUUUUAUGUAUUAAUGGAAUCAAUGGAACUUUAAAAUAUUUUAGUAGAUUUUGUAAGUUCAGUAAUAUGUGAGGAUUUAAAUGUGCCUCACAUUGUGACAUUUGUGGUUUUUUAUUUAGUCCAUUGCAGUUUUCCUUAAAUUGGUUAUUUCAUGUUGUCAGAAAAACAAUGUUAAUAUGCUUAAUUUAUGCUAUUUAAUUUUCCAAAACUUAAUCAUCUUUUAAAUGUAUUAUUUGAAGAGUAUUUUAUUUCUGUAUUAAAAAUGUUACACAAAGCAGUAACGUUUUUGAGAACUAGCAAGGUACUAAUCAUCAGGGACAUUUUGAUAAAACUGCCAGAGUUUGGGUUUAUGUCUUGACUUUUAGGAGCAUUACAUCAGUGUGCUGCCUUUAGUUAUAUUCAAAUUCAGAGAGCAACAAUUGAAGAAUAGGUUUUUAUUUGAAAUCUGGCCAUUUGUGGAUCCUAUAAAUCUUAUGAUCCUCAAUUAACAUAAUGUUGAAAUAAACAUAGACCAUUCUAUAAAUAUUUUCAUAACUAUACUAUGAUACAUGAAGUCCUUGUUUAAUUUAGAGAUGGAUAAAUUUAUGUUGGUAGUAGUGCAGAACUUUUCAAAAACAUUACUGUAAUGAAUAACUCUGUUUCCUAUAGAAUAACUUUAGUAUAAUUACUUUUGUAGUAGCCAAGCAAGUAUCAUAUCUUAAAUACGUGAUUAUUUGCACUUGUUACCUCUUAAUAUGGAUGCAACUUAUUAAAAAUUUUGGCCUGGGUAUUUCAAAGGGUAUAUAGAAAAGGAAAAUCUAGCGUGCCAAGUGGUGUAGUAAGGGUCAGUUUAGGAACAGCUCUAGUUUUUUUGACCAGGUGGCAUGAAGCCAUGUAAUUAAAUUUUAGCUUUAGACUACAGAUGUGUUCUUUACAUUCCCCAAGGGUCAAAUUGGAGCUUUUAAAGAAUUAAAGCUUCUUAUGACUAUAAGGUUUAAAAAGUAAAUUAUUAGUAAUUUAUGACUUUAAAUAUUUGAGCUAAUUAGUUAUUUUUCAGUUGGAUCUAAAAAACACCUCAUUGACAUAAUCAAUUUCCCUAGUGAAAACUUGGGUAAUAAAGGUAGGAAAUGGCAAAUAAAUACCUUCGUUAUUACUUUUUAAUGUAGUAAUUUGACAAUAUUCCAAAUAAAGUGACCAUUAAAAGCUACAACAAUCAUUCAUACUGCUUUCAUAGUUAUCAUGCUAUAGGAUUCCUCUUAUUAAUCAAUCUAGAUAUUAAUUAUUUUACAAGUAUUUUCCUGUUUCAUAUUAUUGAAAUAUUAGUGAAAUUAUAGGCCAUUUCUUUAUUGCAUUUCACUUACUUGUCAAUUAAUUAUUAUUUUAAAGAGAAAAUACACCAGAACCUCAAUGUAGCAUUCUUUACUGCAAAGCAAAAUUCCGUUUAAUAUGGGUCUAUCUGAGGUCCAUACCAUGGCAGUUUAUUUACUGUAGUGCCAAAGGCAACACCACCUCCAAGACAGUUUCACAGCAUAGUCCCCAAGGACACAUUAUAUCAAGGCUCUGACGUAUUUCUUUUAGUAGUUUUUAAAUAAGUGUAAAAUUUAUUCUAAAUUGUUUUUAUGGUUAUUAUAUAUUUACUUCAGCAGUUAUUGAAUUAAGAAUGAUUAUCAUUAUUUGAAUUGAUUUGUGGUUUGAAGAGGGUUAAAUAAUCAAACUAAAAUAUUUUAUUAGGCCCUAAAAAUGCAGUGGAUAGCUACUUCUGCUAAAUUUUAUUACUGUAUGGCACAAGAAAGAAGUGAUGUUGGAUAUGGUAGAAAUUUCUUGAAAUAAGGAGUAAAAAUGCAUUUCCAUUUGUUUAGUAAUUAUCUUUACAGAAUGCUAGUUUAUUGACUUUUCUAACUGAAUUUUUUGAAGAAUUCAGAAAUGUUUGUAUUGGUCACAGAUCUAUCAUGACUGAUUUUUUGAUGCAUUUAAAAAUAAAUGGAACACUAAAUGUAUAUUACCGAUGCAAACUGUGGAUAAAGUUGAACGAAAAAAUUAAAGUCUGAAAUUUCUUUUCUCCCUCUCUA